AUGGCUGCUAACAUCUCGAAGAAGCGCAAAUUCGUGGCUGACGGUGUGUUCUACGCGGAGCUAAACGAGUUGCUGCAGCGUGAGCUUUACGGUGAUGGAUACUCUGGAGUUGAAGUGCGUGUAACCCCAAUGCGUACAGAGAUCAUCAUUCGUGCGACUCGUACGCAGGAAGUUCUGGGCGAAAAGGGCCAGCGCAUCAGAGCCCUUACGUCCGUUGUACAGAAGCGAUUCAACUUUCCUGAUGGAGCUGUGGAGCUUUAUGCUGAGCGUGUGGCCAACCGCGGUCUGUGCUCGCAGGCCCAGGCUGAGUCGCUGAAAUACCGUCUCCUUGGCGGUCUAGCUGUGCGUCGCGCUUGCUACUCUGUCGUCCGCUUCAUUAUGGAGGCUGGUGCUAAGGGUGUGCAGGUUGUUGUUUCUGGAAAGCUUCGUGCUCAGCGUGCCAAGGCUAUGAAGUUCAACGAAGGGUACAUGGUCAAGACUGGUAAUGCAUCGCAGGAGUACGUUGACACUGCUGUCCGUCACGUACUGAUGCGUCAAGGUGUGCUUGGCGUCAAAGUGUCUAUCAUGUUGCCACAUGACCCUACGGGUAAGCAGGGUCCCAAACGUGCAUUAGACGAUGUAGUUACAAUUCUCGAGCCCAAGGAAGAAGUGUACCGCCCAUAUGUCGAACCAACGACUCCUGUGGUCCCUAUCGCACCUACACCAGUGGAUCCUAUGUACCAGCCUACAGCUUAA